CCGUAUUUCCCAUUACGCAAAUUACGCCUAGGCGUAAGGCGGCAAAACUGGGGAGGCGGCAAAAUUUCAAACAAUUAUCAGGAAAACUCUUAAACUGAAAUUAUAUACGGGGCCAUCACCCAAAAUCUAUUUUACGUAUAAUACAGCUAAAAAUGAAUGAAUGUUUGGUAGGUUUCCAAUGAAAUCUAAAGUCUCCGCCCCGCCGUAACAUGGUCGGGCAGAAGUACAAUUGUUGGGAAUGAUUAUUUUAUCUGACUGUAACAAAAGGAUACCGCUUAUCUGCCGCGCGAUUGCCGCAAAGAAGCCGCUUUAGAUAAGAGCCGCGCUACUGAUAGUAGUCAAAGGAAGUCGUAAGUGAACGUCUCGAUUUUUCUAGUAAACUACUUAACUACUGGAAAUUCCUAGAACAUUCAGGAAACCCUGCCGGUAGGUAUAUAAAGCGAACAGUUACAGCUGUGUGCUGUGUGCUAUCACCAGCCAGUUGAAGAUAUGAGUGAGAGAGUGACUAGCAGACAGAUUGGCUAGACAGAGUGGUUUUAGUAGUGAGAUAGUGUUAAGUAAGUGUUAUUAGUUAUUAUUUGUAAAGAAGUAGAAGAGUGAAGAGUAUUGAGUAUUAGAAAUCUGUAAAUAUUAGUAAAUAGUGCAAGUAUUGUUAUACUUAUAAGUGGACUUGUUGAAAUAAAGUAGUAGUUUAAAGUUUUAAAGUGAGUUGUUGGUUUAUUGAAGAACGAAGAACCCACGGAAAAUACGACGGGUAAAAGUCGUAACAAUAUUCAAUAUUGUUCAUCCCAGUCAGUUAGUUUAAACUGUUUAAAGUGUCGAGUCCAGUGUCGCAAAAUUUUCAACACUAUGAGUGACGGCCGAAAACGAUUAAGUGGAGCGCAAUACAAGACGCUUGCUGAGGAAAAGCGGAGAAAACUUCAUGCAGUUUUAGACAAAACAAAAAAAUUAAACAACUAUUUUUUAAUUAAACCUACAACUACAACUUCCAAAGCGCAAACACAUGAUUCGGAUUCGGAAUCGGAGACUGUUACUGCUGUGUCUGCUGUACCUAUACCACCAGAUAAUGCGGAAGCGAUGGACACGGAGCCAAGUGAGAGGUCAGAAUCUAAAAUAGAAGCAUCUGCAUGUGCAUCAGCUUCAGUAAAUCCACAAUGUUUACAAGCAGUUAUCAGUAACGACCCUGCCGAAUGGAAGGCCAACGAUGCUACUAUCGAUUAUUUGUUGUCCUUACCAAGUGAAAUAUGCCAAAAUACAGAUGAGGAUUUUUCACUAACAAAAACUGUUAUUGGCAAUAAGACACGGUAUCUUACUAAGAACGUUUUCCGUCGGAAACUUGCCAAUGAGGAAGAACAACCUCGUAGAUACUUAAUAUAUUCACCAUCAAAGAAAUCCCUGUUUUGCAUUCCAUGUCGUCUUUUCGGAGGAACCUCAAAAAUGGCCACUGAUGGCGUAAAUGAUUGGAGUAAUGUAAAUAAAAUUUUGAAUUUACAUGAAAACCCCCACGAACACGCCAAAUCCCAAGUAACCUUAUUGCGGCGUCAACAAAAGCAAAACCAAAUUGAUUCAUUGCUGUGUCAGCAAAUAAGACUCGAAGAAGAUUACUGGCGAAAAGUGUUAAAGCGGGUGGUUGCAGUGACUAAAAAAUUGGCUUCCAGAGGUUUACCGUUUAGAGGAACAGUUGAAAAAUUCGGCAAUCCAAACAACGGAAACUUCAUGAUGUGUCUGGAGCUCAUAUCAUGGAGCUCUCAUCUACAAUAUGUGAAGAAUUUAUCGACUUAAUGUCGACUGA